UACUAGCGAAAAAUAUAUGUAUAGAUACUAUCGAUAGUUUUGCAUUUUUAGUAUAAUUAUACCCAUACCUCUUGUUUACAAACAAAAUAUCAAGAUGGAAAAUAAAUUAGAAAGCGCCGCAGUUGCGCCCAUAACUGCAGGUGUGCAAAUAGAUUCAUUAAGCAGUACAGGUUCUUCGAUUUCUACUAGCUCCGCAUCAAUUUCUACAAAGACGGCAUUGAAUGACUGCUCUAUUGCCUGGAUAACUUAUUUAAAUGCGUUAAACAAUUUAUGUACGGCUGGAAGUAAAUUGGGUAGCGCGUUGACGGUGCUCGAGCAGUGUGGACUUUAUGGAGACAAAACUGCUAAAGGAUAUGUCGAAAAAAACUUUUUUCACAAUCACCCAUCUUCAUACUUAUCGCACUACUGGAACGAUUUAGCAAGCUUUGCUAUAUAUCUUCAUUGUAGAGCAACCGCAGUGGCCACGAGCACUGUAAAAGCGCAUAUCACGGCAAUUUUGCAAGACUUCGUUGUAAUCCCCUCCGCUGAUCCGACAUCGAAAUGUGACCUGGAACAAAAACGUAUUCGGGACCACAAUGAACUUAUUAUUAUGGAGAACGCCCAAGCUAUGAUUAAUAUUCAACAUCAGUUCUGUGCUGCAAGUUAUGAUGCCUUUUCGUCUCUAACGUGUUGCUUUGUCUGCCAAUCUCCUGUUGGUUUUCCGCAUGAACCCGACUGCAUGAUGAUAAAACAAAGAUCAAACACUGACCCGCGAUCCCAAACUCCUUCGCCAAACAUGGGAGGAACUUACAAAGCAGAUUCUUCUAGAGGCAAUUCCAUAACGGAUCAGCGGACAUAUGCUCACAGCUCCAUAAAUAGCCAGCAAUUAGAUCAAGCAGGAUAUUCCGUAGAACAAGCUCGUGGACCUUCUCCACUUCAGGAAAUAUUUGAAAAUACGAAAGGACCAUUACCUAAUCCAGGACAUUUGCUGGCAAUGAAGCAUCCGUUUAACAGAGGCGUAAGAUCCCCACUUUAUAUUCCCUUGUUUCCCUUAAACGGCCAGCGUAGGUGGUCUGAAGCCGCUGCUGGAGAGGUAAUAGAUGAAAACUCAACAGAUGUCGAAAGUCAAAUGAGACGAUGGUCAAUGCCUUGGGAAGCAGUUAAAUCCGAUCAGAACACAGUGACUUGGUAUCAGACGCGGAUAAUGCCGAUAAAUAAUAUGAAAGUACUGAACCACAAAACACCGUGCUCUGACAGAAGUGUAUCCAAUACACCUGAUUUAAACUGGCAGUCUUGUGCAGCAAGUCAUGAUGGAUUGACUGAAGCUAUUCAAUUAUUGUCUUGCCGCCCUUCAAAAGUGCAAGCUUUACAAAUUCAAGGAUAUACAGCACAACAUGGUGAUAUACAAAACAUGGACUAAAACCUUCAAAGCUUACAAUGUCAACAAGAAGCAAAUUUACGCGCCAAACGGUAUCGACACCGCAGAACAGUUCUCUCAAUAAAGCUGAAAAAAAGAGCUCGCCACCGUCAUCAUGGCUUGAGCGCAUUGAAGAGCGACUGGACUUGCAGAGAAGGAGCAUUGUAGAAGAGAUAGCUGAGCGGGUAAAAACGUCUGAAGAGCGAGUGAUGCAACGAUUUGGCGAGUUAAGGGCUGAGCUGGCGAACCUUCGAAAGGCGCUGCGAAAAAUUUAAGAACGUGUGACAAAGGCAGAAUUCCAAACGAGGUAAAUGAUUGCCAAAACCUUGCUGUAUCCACUGAUUUUAUCAUCAAUGGUCUCCCCUACGUUGACAACGAGAAUUUGGAAGCUACCUUUGGUAGUCUGUGCCAGAGUUUGGAUUUGCCUGCGCUACAGAUUCGCUCUGCGUUUAGAAUAUCAAAACAGAACAACUCCACUGCUUCAGUGAUUGUGAAGUUGGCGUCUUCAGCCGAUCGCUCCACCCUCUUCAAGUCAGUAGCACGCUUCUGCAAAGAAAAAAAACGGCCACUAAUGCUCCGUGAUAUUGACUCCAACUCAGAUGGGAAAAUACAUAUACACGAGUGCCUUACGGAAAACAACCGCGAGCUAAUGCGCUAUGCAAUGCAGCAACGAAGAGAUAAAAAGCUGGUGGCUGCUUUCUCAGUUCGUGGGAACGUGUAUGUACGCGUUCGCCCUAAGUGCAAAGCCGUGAAGGUAAUUAAUAUGGAGAGCGUCAAAAGUGUUGUUGCUGCAGACACCUGAUAGCGAGUGUUUAUGUAUAGCUGUUAUGUUUACCACAUGUUUAUGUCGUAUGUGCUCUUUUUUCUUCUAUUGCUCAACAUCUUGCAUCUGCUGCUUUCCUCAUAACUACUCUGCGUCUUAUCUUAAGUUAUUCUUUAAUUACCCUUCUCUUGAACUCGUAAUUGUUUUCUUAACUACAUGUCAUGCGUUACUCUGUCUUUUGCCAAUGUCUUGUUCUUAUGCAAACAUACAUACAUGCUGUAUUUGCUUGCUUUUGGUUGUUUCAGUUUUGGUCCAGUUUUGCGAAUUUAAGUAUAGGUCUGUUCGAUAAGUCGGGCUACCGCGUUAAUGAAAAUAAGAAAGUUGUUAUUGACAUUUUGUGUAAACAAAAUGAUGGUCUUAAUGUGGUGCAUUUUAAUGCACUUAGUCUAAGUCGAAACAAACUUGACUUUGCUAGGUACGUCUUAGAAGAGUCUGCGGUGGAUGUAAUUUGCGUUACUGAGACUUGGUUUCAAAGUGACUUUCCUGACUUCAACCUUUCUUUCAAUGGGUUCAAUUUAUUGAGGCAUGACCGCAUGCAUAAAAAAGGGGGAGGAGUUGCAGUGCACUGCAAAAAAAAUCUUAAAUUCAGACUGCUAGCAAAGUCGAAUUAUAGUGAAACUGAAUACAUCUUUGCUAAAAUAUCUGAUGGCGAAAACAAAAUUCUUGUAUCAUGUGUGUACAAUCCUACUAAAAUUGUGUCUUGAUCCAUUUUUUGCUGAACUGUAUGAAUAUGUGUUAGAUUAUGAGCGUAUGGCGUAUAUUGGUUUGUGGAGAUUUUAAUGUAAAUUUACUUGUGAAUGACUCUUAUAGUUGCAAAUUAAUGGAUCAGCUGGCAACAGCAGGACUCUGCGUUGUUAAUGGAUCUAUCCCAACGAGAUAUGCAAAUAAUUCUCCACCUAGUCUCCUAGACUACUUUAUAACCUGUGAUCUCAAGCAUAUCCUUAAAUUUGACCAAGUUUACUUUAUUUCUGACCAUGACUUAAUAUUUUGUACUGUAGAUGUUGUAUUGAAUCGUCCAAGCUUAAGCACUAAAUUUGUUUAUCGUGAUUUUAAAUCAUUAAAUGUAAACUCAUUACAUUCUGACUUGAGUAAAGUAAAUUGGCGUGAGUGUUUUUUUCUUGCCACAGUGGAUAAUAAACUUGACUUCCUAAACAAACACCUGACCAUGUUAUUUGAUGUUCAUGUCCCUCUUCGUUCUGCUAAUGUUAUAAAUUGUUCAUGUCCAUGGUAUACUUCCAAAGUUCAUUCUGCCAUUAAGAAACGAAAUAAAUUGUAUGCAAAGUGGAGAAAAAAUAGUACAGACUUGUCCUGGCGCAGAAGUUAAUAAUGAAACCAACAGUAUAAUAAAGCAAGCAAAGCGCUGGUAUAGCAAUUCUAAACUAGAUACCUCCCUUCCAU